GCAGCAGUGGCAGCCGAAGCCGGGGACUGACUGAGGGGGCUGCGUGUUUCCGGAAGACGUGGCGGCUGCUUCUCCUCCUCCUCUUUUAGUCGGCUUCAUUUUCGCUCUCCUCGGCUCGUUUUCUGUCGGAGCGUCCCAGGCCGGCGCCUCGCUGCCGCCAUCAUGAUUUCCCUCACGGAUACUCAGAAAAUUGGAAUGGGACUUACAGGUUUUGGAGUAUUUUUCCUUUUCUUUGGAAUGAUCCUGUUUUUUGACAAAGCACUUUUGGCUAUUGGAAAUGUUUUAUUUGUGGCUGGCCUGGCUUUUGUGAUCGGUUUAGAAAGGACAUUCCGAUUCUUCUUCCAGAAGCACAAAAUGAAAGCCUCUGGCUUCUUUUUGGGAGGUGUACUUAUUGUUCUCAUUGGUUGGCCCUUGAUAGGAAUGGUCCUUGAAAUUUAUGGUUUCUUCCUCUUAUUCCGGGGCUUUUUCCCUGUGGUGGUUGGUUUUAUUAGAAGAGUGCCAGUUCUUGGCUAUCUUUUGAAUUUACCUGGUAUAAGCUCGCUCGUAGAUAAAGCUGGAGAAAGCAACAACAUGGUAUAAUGACGAGAGUGCUGAAGACUGGGUCUAAAUUUAUAUUAUUUAUAAAGUCCUUUUGAAGAAAAGAUCAGCACAAAGAUUCUGUUGUGUACAAAGGCAAAGUUUGUAACAAAGUCUUGAUGUAAGUUUUUUAAAUUUACACCGUAGUCUGCAAAAUGCAUCGUUAGCAAAGGAAAAAGGUAGCAAGCGUGCACCCCGAGACUUGCUGCUCCUGGAAUUUGGUGAACUGAAGAAAAAGCCACGGGCCAAACCCGUGGUCUAAAACGAUUCAAGACUUCUUAACGCUUUUUGGAGUAUGUGCUCAUUGCAGCAACCCCGCUGUGGGAUUAACAGUGCCUGUAACUUUACCUCCUGAUUUUGAAGGUGUUGUCGAGUAAGCAGGCACGGUCCUUCUCUCCUUCCACCUGCCAGUCUUUUUACUUAUGCUCCUGAAUCGGAAGAAAGCAAAUACCCGUGUUUUUUUUUUCACCUGUCAAAAGCAAAGAGGCUUCCUUUAGGCAUGAUGUAUGGCCUUUUAAGGUGGAUCAUCAUCUUUCACCAUGCACCGCUAGAGGAUUUCACUCUACAGUUCUGCUUUAUACAUUUCUUUGUAAAUACGCAGCUGGAAUAAAACUUCGUAGAAAAUGUUUAAAGCCAAAUGUAAAAUUCUGAUUAGGUUUGUCUUUGAAAUAUGCAAACAGGUCAAAUAUUUUUUUUAAGUACUCUAGCCUGAAACCACUCUUUGGUUUUGACAUCUGUUCAAUUUGACGGGGACAGAGGAAGCCAGUUUUACACUCCUUUUUUGCUGGCUCUUCCUGAUCCGUGUUACAUGUAUGCAUCGCAAAAAGGUUGCAGCCCUUCGGUCAUCAAAUAAAACUUGGUGUUCAUCCUAUUCAGCUUACGAAAUGACUUGCUUGGUCUCGAGGUGCUCACACGUUUUUUGAAACAUGAUCUGCCCAGCCGACCCAUUUCUUCAAAAAGGUGCUGAUCCUGAAUGUAUUUUUGUUGCUUUGCCUGCAGCCAGUGUAAUGUCCCUGCAUCAUGUAUAACAUCAUGUCUUUUCUAUUGGCAAAGGCAUUGGAGUGGAGGCACUUGAGUUUAUGCAUCCCAUCCUUAUUCUAGGACAGCAUCUUGCAGUGCGACUUCUGUAAAUAACUUUACAAUGAGGUUAGAAUAUUCAGUCAUUUGUAUGUUGGGAGGUCUCGGGAAAUUUUAGUAGCCUUAAUUCAGUGCCACACUUGAGGACUGCUCCUUCCUUGUUAACUUGUUCUGAUGGCUGGGAAGGAUGCAUGUUUCAACACACAAAAAGUUUUAGAACUGCUUUGUACAUUUCAGUGAAGUGGGCAAGAAAGAGCGACCUGCAUGUAUUCUGCCCAUGCUCAUAGUUGGGUGAGAUCAGGACAGGUAGAGCAUCUGACCUGGUUCUCAGGUGCAUAUCUGUCCAGACUGAUAUUUAUUUACAGAAACUCUGUGUAUUAAUGCAGGACUAACUUAUUUAGCUCCAAACAGCUACUAUAAGCCCCCAUUUAGGGGAUAGGUGUACGUUGGUCAUUUUAUUUGAAGCACGAACUUUUCUAAAUUUGUGCAACUAAUUUCUCAGCUUUGGUAUUGGUAACUAUUGAUAAGUUUGCUAACGCUUGACAGAAAUAGCCCUUUUAAAAAAUCUAGUGGAUGAUUAUUUAAAUUUCUUUGCUUUUAGGCUCCCCCCCCCCCUUAAAAAAAAUGUUGAAAAAUAUCUUUGGAUAAGAUGAAUGUUUCCAAUUGCGAAAGCAAUCUUGACAGGAGCUUCCCAGGUUUUUUUGGUUUUGUCUCGAGGACAGGAAAACACACUUGGGGAACGCAUGUCUUUUCAAAAGUCCUGAAACUGUUUAUCUUUACUCUUGAAGCCACACAUGUACCUCAUUUUAGUUUCACUGUGAUACAUGUUGCUGCCUGUAAGAUGUAAAAAAUAUGUAAGGGGGGGCGCUCACACUGCAGUCCUUUAAAAAAAAAAUUGUGUAUCCUGUUGAGUAGGGUGCAUUCUGUGAGUUGUGCCCAGCCAUUGAGCUGCCCCAGUUUCCCUGAUGCUGUGGCGUACACUACAGUUUAAGUUGAACAAAGAUCGGUGGCUGUUGAUACGGGCGGAACUGCAUGAAACAUUGUUUGUAUAUCUCCCAUUUCCACGUGAAACUUUUCUACAAAGGCAUGCUCUCCCGAGUCAUUCCUGUAUCCAAAAAUCAUCCUCCUGUGUCAUGAGCCCUGAGAGCCAUGCCUUUUAUCACGGUUCGAAGCAGCUGAGCAAUUCAUACAUCAUUCCUAGCGCUGUAACCAGGGGACAGAAAAGGCUGUACAGAUAUUACUAAGCCAUCAAAAUUUCCAUUUUGCAGUAUCUUUCCCCUACACUGAGUGGAACGGGGAAGGAACUGUUCCUGAUCCCCCUCAAGUACAGUGCAUUGUGAAUUACAUUAACCAUACCCAUAGAUGCAGAGGAUUUAGCCGUGUUAGUCUGUAGUAGCAAAAUCAGAAAGAGUCCAGUAGCACCUUCAAGACUAACCAACUUUAUUGUAGCUACAAUACAAUAAAGUUAUAUGCUACAAUAAAGUUGGUUAGUCUUAAAGGUGCUACUGGACUCUUUCUGAUUAACCAUACCCACACAGCUCUCUCAUUGGUUUCUGUUUUACUUGACUCAUGGAAGGGACCUGUAUUACCUAACAGUGACAGUGAUAGAAACCCUAAUUGUAGCCCUCUGAUUGGAUAGAAAAGCUUCAGUUUGUGUGUUGGGAAUCUCAUUCGAGCACCCCUUUGUAAAAAUGAAAAAAGACAUUGUGAAGGUGUUGGAUUUUUUUUUUAAAGUGAUCAGCUGCAAAUUUGAUGUAAUUCUUGUUUUUGUCUUCUGAUGGUCCUACUUGAUUAGGAAAGUAUUUGGAAUGGGGUGUGUGCAUGUGCGUGCGUGCGCACGUGUGCACGCGCAUGCAUGCACGGGAAUUCUAGGAUGAUAGUGAAAAAGAAGGCAAUACCUUAACUUUCUUCAGAUUAGGAUGCUGUGUUUAAACCUUCUUGAAGAUUUUAGGCUGGGGGCAGCGUCAUGACUUCCCUCCAAGCUCCAGCUCACAGUCAGCAGCAGAGAUAGGAAGACUUAAUAGGAACACGUCUGUUCCUUUGAAGGUGAUGGUCUUUGGUGAAUACAAAGCCAGGCAAAGUUGGUAUUACAAAGCAGUUAGAACGAGUCCUUAGUCUUACGGCUGCUAGUUUAUACACUUACUUGAGAGUAAGUGCCACUGAACUCAAUUGGAAAUCUUUCCAAAGAGACGUGCCCAGGAUCCGGCUCAUGCGUUGUAACCUUUUGCAAGAAACAAAGGCAUCAUCUCUAAUAAAAGUCUUUCCCCUCCAUUUAAAUGUAACUCUUCGUUGCUGCUUUAGGAAUCGUACACAGAUCUUGUCUGGAUUAAAUGAACACUGUAAAUACUCUUGUCAUACCUUGAAUAAAAAGGUACUUUUUCUAUGAA